GUUUCCACUUUCAACAUCUGGAUACAGACAAUAUAGCAGUUAGAAAACACAUAGCCGCCUCAUAAUUCAUCAUCUUCUUUCUUCUUCUUCUCAUGAAUCAAAACUAGAAGAAGAAGAACAACAAAGAACCAAAAAAAUGGGUUGUGGAAACAUGUUCUUCACAAUCCUCAUAACAUUUUCAGUCACACUCAUAACAUACAACAUAAUCAUCUCAGGAAAUGCUCCUUUGAAACAAGAAUUUCCUGGUGGUCCUUCACGUCGUCCUUCAAUCACCAUUGACCCAAUAAUCAAGAUGCCAUUGGAGAAACAAAAAUCUUCUAAGAGAUUGUUUCAUACUGCUGUUACUGCUUCUGAUUCUGUUUACAAUACUUGGCAGUGUAGGGUUAUGUAUUAUUGGUUCAAGAAGUUUAAGGAAGAUUCAGAUUCUGAUAUGGGUGGAUUUACCAGGAUUUUGCAUUCUGGGAAAGCUGAUCAGUUUAUGGAUGAGAUCCCUACUUUUGUUGCUCAGCCUUUGCCUUCUGGAAUGGAUCAGGGUUACAUAGUUCUUAAUAGACCAUGGGCAUUUGUACAAUGGCUUCAACAGGCAGAUAUCAAAGAAGAUUACAUAUUGAUGUCGGAGCCGGAUCAUAUAAUUAUGAAACCUAUACCGAAUUUAGCCAGAAAUGGAAUGGGAGCUGCGUUCCCUUUCUUUUAUAUUGAGCCUAAGAAAUACGAGAAUGUGCUAAGGAAGUACUACUCCGAGGAAAAUGGACCUGUGACUAAUAUAGAUCCAAUUGGGAAUUCACCAGUUAUUGUUGGCAAGGAAUCGCUUAAGAAGAUUGCUCCUACUUGGAUGAAUGUUUCGUUGGCGAUGAAAAAAGAUCCGGAAACUGAUAAAGCUUUUGGAUGGGUGCUUGAAAUGUAUGCUUACGCCGUUGCAUCUGCUCUUCAUGAUGUUCGUAACAUAUUACACAAAGACUUUAUGAUUCAGCCUCCAUGGGACAAAGAACUUGGCAACAAGUACAUAAUUCACUACACUUAUGGCUGCGACUAUAAUAUGAAGGGCGAACUGACCUAUGGGAAGAUUGGAGAAUGGAGGUUUGAUAAAAGAUCCUACGAUGGUGUUGCUCCUCCCAAAAAUCUGACAUUGCCACCACCCGGUGUUCCAGAAAGUGUGGUGACCCUUGUAAAAAUGGUUAAUGAAGCUACAGCGAAUAUUCCGAACUGGCCAUCAUAGGACUAUCUCAUGGUGUUGCAAUGUGUUAAGAAUCAGAAUGCUGGAACUGUUUGGCAUUUCACUUGUUGGCAACUGUGUAUCUGUAAUUGUUAUGUAGAUGACUUUACACACUUGAGGCAAACAUGAAUAUUUUUUCAAUGCUUGAUAAAAAAAAUGUGUUGUGUUUUA